GCCACGGGAGCUGCGCCAUGGAGCCAGAGAUCGACGGGUGUACAACAACCAUGGAGUUGGUCAGCAGGCCAAAUCAGAAAAAUUUGAAUCUGGUUGUUAGGGUUCGCUCGUUUUUCAGUUUGUCUGAUGGGAGACCAAAGACAUGGAUGCAGGGUAAAAUCUUGCCAACUCAAACUGUUGACCCACAAAAUUAUGGCAUCCUGCAGUUAGUUGAUUUCAUAGCUGAACACUAUAUGUGGGGUUCGAAACAGCACAUUACUUUGUCGCGUGAGUCAGAAUAUACUAUGGAGAUAAAGUCUGAUGAGGAACUGUUUGAGUGGUUUCAACUUAAUCUAGACAAGGGAGUAGUUCGGAUUAAUGCUCAGAUCAAUGAUUUUGAGGGCCCAUUGCAGUGUUCGCCAACGAAACGUAGGUGCCACCCAUAUGUAAGAAAUAAAGCACCCACCACCACCAAUGAAAGAGCCACUGAGACACCUAUCAAUGAGAGCUGCCCCAAUGAGAGAGUCACAUCCACAAGUAAUAAAAGGAGAGGCACCAAAUGUGCUGCCAAGAGCUUCACAAUUGAUAAGUUCAACUACUUCAUGGGCAAGAUAGAGGAGAAAGAUCCUAGUGCACUUGAGUGGUUGGAUGAGCAUCAUCCAUUUGUAUGGAGUAGAAGCAAAUUCUAUGAAGAUUGCAAGGUAGAUUACAUCAACAAUAAUCUUUCUGAAAGUUUCAAUAGUUGGGUGUCAAAAACCAAGGAUUUUCAGAUUGUUGAGAUGCAUGACAAGAUAAGACAGAUGAUCAUCAAGAAAAUGGUUUUGAGGGCCAAAAUUGGUAGAAAAAUGUCAGGAUACAUCAUCCCAGCUAUCAUCAAUGCUCUGAAUGCUAAAACCAAGACUAUUAAGGACCAUGAGGUGUUGAUAUGUGGGGCUGGAACAGCAGAAGUAACAGUGAACAGAUUCAGACAUGCAGUUAAUUUGGAACAAAGGACAUGUACUUGUAGAGCUUGGCAAGUGACUGGAAAGCCCUGCACUCAUGCUCUAGCUUUUAUUGCUAGGCAUAGCAGGCAUGCAAAGAUGGAUGAAUUUAUUGAUGACUACUUCUCUGUUAAUAGGUUUAGGAAGGCAUAUGCAGGUACUUUCAAUCCUAUGACAUCUAAGGAUAGUUGGCCACGUGUUGACUUAGGCUACAAAAUCAAGAAACCUAAAUUGAGAAGGAAACCGGGCAGACCAAGAAUAUCUAGAAUGAAGUCAUAUGAUGAGGCUGGCACUAGCAAAAAGAGGAAGCCAUGUUCUGAAUGUAAUGAACUAGGCCACAUAGCCAAGCAUUGCCAAGGAGGUCUCACUGCUAGUCAAAAGAGGAAGCUUUCAGCUUCACAAACCUCAGGUGCAAGUGCAACAGAAAAAGGGAGAGGGAGGGUGUAA